AUGGCAUCCGAAAAGCUCUUUGAGAACAUUCCACAAUUUCCGGACGAUAUCCCUACCGCGUCCAUUGCCAGUAUCACUCUUGCUGGCCUUCGUGCAGGGGAUGUAGAUACCACCCAGAAUCUACUGAAAGCAUGCCAGACAUUAGGGUUCUUUCUCCUUGAUCUUCGUGGAGACACGAUAGGCGAAGAAUUAGUGGAGGAGAUUGACCAGCUCAUUGGAGACGUUGGCAGAAACGUCAUGGGCUUGCCAAUUGAUGUCAAAAAGAAAUAUCAUGUCGAUGUCCCCCGAAGCUUUGAAGGAUUUAAACUCCGUGGAGUUGGUAAGACGGAGACCAACGAGCCGGAUCGAUUCGAAUGGUUCAACGUUGGCCAGGACGGCCUGAUAGGAAUCAGUCCAGCCCCACCACUCCCACCGCUUGUGCAGGAACACCUCCCGCUCUUCACCUCGUUCCUCAAACAUUGUCAAGAGAUAGCCACAAGUGUACACAGCUCCCUUGCAACUGAACUGGGGCUGCCCGCGGAUACCUUCACCUCUCUGAAUCGCCCAACGGAAUCCUCUCUAUCUCUUGUUCGCCUGCUGAAAUUUGAAGCGAGCAAUGAAGCAAAGGAUCUCCGGACAGCCUUACGCCAUCAUACUGAUAUCGGAACAAUUACUCUUUUGACCAAUGUUCUCGGCGGUUUGCAAGUUCUUGCCCCGGGUCACGCCGCCUCGGACCCGGAAGCCUGGCUGUGGGUUCGUCCGCAGCCCCGCCAUUUGAUUGUCAACCUGGGAGACGCCAUGGUGCAAUGGACUGGCGGUUUACUGCGCAGCAAUACGCACCGGGUCACGUACUCGCCUGGGGCACAGCGAUUCGUGGACCGUUACAGCCUGGCUUAUUUUAUGCGGCCUGAGAAGAAGGCCAGCAUGAGAAGGCUAAUAGGCGAGGGCGACGAUGGCGACGCAGCGAAUAUGACAGCUGGGGAGUGGGAAAUCAAGAAGACUAUGGCGUUUGUCACUGAUGAGGCAGAUACUGUGCUCGUUAAUCGCCGCGAAGUUGCCGAAGCUAGGUAG